AAUUUGUGACUUCCCAAAAUGGCGGCUUCCGAAGGGGGUGGAAAAGACGAAGUGAAAACCCAAUUUGGGACGCGUGAGGGAACGUAUAAACUGAUGACUCUGUCUGAAUAUUCCUGGCCCUCGAGAGCUCCGUAUAAUGUUCAAUGUUGCCAUCCAGUUAGGGUGUCAUUUACGAGUGUGGACGAUGGAUCUGGGUGUAAUGACAAAAUUUGUUUCAAUGUGGGCCGAGAACUUUAUUUUUACCCGUACAAAGGUGUACGGAAGGCUGCCGACUUGACCAAACCCCUGGAUAAGAGGACCUACAAAGGUGGCACCCUUCCGACCUGUCAUUCGAUCAAUCAGUUCACAGCGAGUGCCCAAGGGAUCUCCCUGUUGGUCGGUUUCUCUGCUGGUCAGGUGCAGCUGAUCGACCCAAUCAGAAAGGACAUUAGUAAGAUCUACAAUGAAGAGAGGCUCAUUGACAAGACAAAGGUCACCUGUUUGGCUUGGGUACCAGGAACAGAGCACAUGUUUCUUGCGGCACACUCCAGCGGCCAGAUGUACCUAUACAAUGAAGGACUUCCGCCUGUUAAUACUCCACCACACUACCAGCUCCUCAAGCAAGGGGACGGGUACCAGAUCUUCACCUGCAAGAGCAAGUCCACCCGAAACCCAGUCUUCAGAUGGGUGCUCGGAGAGGGCUCCCUCAACGAGUUUGCCUUCUCCACGGACGCUAAGUUUAUCGCGUGCGUAUCGCAGGACGGAUUCUUAAGAGUGUUUGAUUAUGAUACCAUGGAUUUGCACGGAUCGAUGAAGAGUUACUUUGGAGGAUUAUCGUGUGUAUGUUGGAGCCCUGACGGUAAGUAUGUGGUUGUAGGUGGAGAGGACGAUCUAGUGACAGUGUGGUCGUUCAUGGAUAAGAAAGUAGUGGCCAGAGGUCAUGGUCACGGGUCAUGGGUCAGCGUGGUGAGUUUUGACCCCUUCACAACGGCGGUGCUGCAAAAUGAAUCGACGUUAUACGGAAGCGACGAUGAUUUCAGUUUAAUGAACAGCAGAGAACGAUCGUACAGUAGCCACUCGAGAACUUCUAUCAUUAGCAGUGGCGAGAACAGCAUCACCCAAGUGUCGUAUCGCUUCGGAUCUGUUGGACAAGACACCCAUCUAUGUCUGUGGGAAUUCACCGAGGACUCCUUGCGCAUGUUCCAACCGCCGAUACGUACACGGACAAACACGACGCUCUCCCUGGGGCAGACCUCGCUGUCGCAAUCGAACAAUAUCGCCUCGCAUAACAAGUCCACGGGCAACGCGACGGGGCACUUGGACAGCAGUAGUAUAAGUAGUAAGUUCUCCAAUCUCUCGUUAACGACGGACAAACACAAGGACAAACACAAGAAGGACAGUGUGUCGAGCAAGAGCAGCAUGCACUCCCAUAGUAACAAGAUGCACCUGCGUAUCUUGGAGGAGGGCUCUAGGGUCGGCACCCAGGUGUGCCCUCGUCUGGAUGAGGUCCUGAUGUUGGAGCCCCUGGUAGCCAAGAAGAUCGCUCAGGAGAGGCUGACUGCCUUGGUCUGCAGAGAGGACUGUAUAGUCACAGCGUGUCAGGAGGGCUUCGUCAGUACGUGGGCAAGGCCAGGCAAAGUAGGAGUAGUCCAUUCAGCCACUAGCGGGACGGUCGUAUGAAAAAUAGUCCGACCAAACGAUAAGCAUCAAAAGGAAGACUCGGUCGACAGACUUGACUACCAAAGGGACCUGACAACACGAGACCAGGAUCGACAGCCUCUCCAUUCUUUUCUCUCAUUCUCGGACUUUGGUGUUUGUAAAUUGAGCUUUUACUUUUGAAAUAAACUCUUUAUUUCUGUUUCAGUACAUUGUAGGAGGAGGGGGGGGGAUUCAUUUCUGUUUUUGAGAAUAGUCAGUUUCCUCAUAGGGUGCCCUUUACCGAGGAGAAAAUGCCUUGGUGCCCUUGCCCUUUCAAAAAUGAAGCAUACAGGCCUGAAUCUGCCACCGCCAAUAUACAGUAAUAAAAUUAGCGAGAACUAUACUAACAGAGAGAGAGAGAUCAUGAGGGAAGCUUUAAAAAAUAAAAAAUAAAUGAAUAUUAUUCAGUUUUGGAGUUAACACAACACAAAUUGUCUGCAGGCUUGUCGCUAACAUCUACCUAUUCUGUACAUUUGGCCAUAUCGCAACCCGAUCGUGAAAUCUAAUAUAUUCAAGGCGGCCCACAAAAACUAUUGAAAUGUGUAACUCGAGGAACAAUUCUAGAUAAAUUUUAGGUAUUUAUUUCACAGGCAUGCAACAUGUCCCUAUUCUUGAAAUAAUUAAAACCGAUACAUGUAGCUGACUGUUAGUUUGUUAAAUCACAUAAGACUAAAAGCUAGGCCCAAUUUCAUGGCUCUGCUUACCGAAGUAAAGAAUUUACGCUUAUGGAACCAGGGAAUUCUACGCUUACGUCAAGCGUAUGUCACAGGUUAGCGGGAAAUUUUGGCUUGGGUACUCCAUGUUACUAGGUAUUCUUCGCUUACACAGCUAGCGCAGAAACUCGGCAUCGUAAGUGCAGAAAUCGGCAGCUAGCAGAGCCUUGAAAUUGGGGCCAGAUCUCAUGACCAAUUCAUUGUGCCUUACCCAGUUAUUUGCUGAGAAAAACAGACGUCCUCACUGCUUUUAGAAUGGGUCCAUUCAUGGGUACAAUGUAUAUAUAUACUCUUAUCAGAUCUUUAACAGCAUCUGAAAUAAAAAUUGAGAAUGGAAGAAGGGAAUAAAUAAGUUGUUUAUCAUAUUUUCUGUCCAGUUUUUGAUGGUAAAGGAGCUAAUAUUACAAAGUCAAAUAUGCUGAAAGGGAAGGUAUGCCUUUGGUAAUCACUCAAAACAUUUAUAACCAACAAAACUUCCUUCCUAAGAAGCACUGCAGCUGUUCCUUUAAAUGUAUAACACUGAGAGAAACAAUUCCUUUGAAAGAGAGAGGGAUUAAAAACAUUUAAAUCGGAGAAACAGUUCUGCUGGAAAUGUUUCUCAGAUUGCAUAUUCCAAUUACGGAUUAUUCUUCCUGCAUGGACAUAACUGCCCAGGUAUCUAAAAAGCGCCACCACCUUUUGAAAUGAAAUUUACACAGGUUAGUUUUAUUGUAUUUAUCUCCAUUUAUAUAGGAUUCUAACAAUCAACCAGUUCCAAAAACCAAAGGUAUGCUAUGCCUUUAAAGGCACUGUACACGUUUGGUAAUUG